AUGAAAGCGGUUGGAACGUCAUCAAUUUGUGUUAAGGCUGACAAGUUUGAUGCCAAAAAGUAUUCCGAGUUACAUGGAGAGGGCACUGAGACCAAGCCACCCAAGGAAACAAAAGAAAAACCCAAGAAAGAAGCUCCUGCCAAAAAGGAAAAAGCUGCUGCCAAUGAUGAUGAAGAAGAGGAACGCCCAAGGCUUAGCGAAAAUGCUCUUGCGAAUCCACCCCCUAGAAAGUUUGACAUUGGUGCCUUUAAAAGAGUGUACAGUAACAUGGGCAUUUAG